GGACGCGUCACGGACCUGCAGGAGGAGCGUCGAUGCACAGAUGGAGAACCCAGAUGCACCGUCGCAUCGCUCAUGUUUCCUGCUGCUUGCGUUGGUUCUCCGUGUCGGGACUGCGGCAGAGGUCUCCGUGUGGAACGUGGAGAUAAACUCGACACAAGAUGUUGUGUUUCGGAAGACGCUGUACACCAACACCACCAUAUUCAUGAAGUUCCAGGGUGACACAACGUCAUGUGAUAGAAACCUGGCCUUCAACAUCAGCUGGUACCUGCGCUCCUCUGUCUGCUACAAUGAGGUCUUCAACACACCUGACAACCAAGCCAUGAACAUGUUUGGUAUGGAGCACAUGUUGAAAGACGGAUGGAGCGGCUCCUACAGUCAGGGCUACAUGUACUUCGACAACUGCUCCGCCCUCUUCUUACCGAAGGUGUAUUAUGCAGAUUUCAACCCAUAUCAGCCCCUCAUAAGCCCAAAGAGUGACCCUUCGAAUCAGAGCCAUAUUUGGCUGGACAAGCCGGAUAUCAGUGCAGUGGCCAAAGCUUGGGAGGACAGUCCGUAUCUGUUCAUAGUGAAGGUGCAGCCUAUGAUCCGCGGAGUCGAGGAUGAAGACAUCGGGGUCGAGCAGCUCAACUUUGCUUUCACAAUGAAAGUUGAGAUGAAGGGACCACACGACUACUCUUCUCCGGCAGAUUGGCCCCUGAUGAUGUUCUUCAUGGUCAUGUGCAUUGUGUACGUGCUGUUCGGGGCUCUGUGGCUCUUCUGGUGUGCCUGCUAUUGGAGGGAUCUGCUGCGGAUCCAGUUCUGGAUCGGCGCCGUCAUCAUCCUCGGCAUGCUGGAAAAAGCUGUGUUUUACUCAGAAUACCAGAGCAUCCGUUACAAAGGAGACUACAUUCAAGGCGCUGUGAUUUUUGCUGAGCUGCUUUCUGCUCUCAAAAGAUCUCUGGCCAGAAUCCUGGUCCUCAUUGUCAGUCUUGGCUACGGCAUAGUCAAGCCCAGGUUGGGUACCACAGUUCACCGGCUGGCAGCUGUUGGGCUUCUCUACCUGCUCUUCUCCUCUGUGGAAGGAGUUCUAAGAGUGACGGGUGGUUUCUAUGGGACGGUCGCCCUGGUGGCUAAUCUCAGCCUCUCCCUUAUUGACUCCUGCGUCAUGUGGUGGAUUUUCAUCAGUCUGUCUCAAACCACUCGUCUCCUGAAGCUCCGCAGAAACAUAGUGAAACUCUCUUUGUACCAACACUUCACCAACACCCUCAUCUUCUCUGUUCUCGCUUCCAUCGUAUUCAUCAUCUGGACCACCAAAGUCUUCAAGCUGGUGGACUGCCAGACGGGUUGGAGGGACUUGUGGGUAGACGAUGCCUUCUGGCGUCUCCUCUUCUCCACCAUUCUGCUGGUCAUCAUGGUGCUGCUGCGACCCUCCGCUAACAACCAGAGGUUCUCCCAUUCUCCUCUGAUUGAUGAAGAUGAUGACGAGGAAGAGGCCAAGGAGCCAAUGCUGAGUGAAGCUUUUGAGGGAAUGAAGAUGAGAGGCUCAAAACCUGACUCUAAUGGCUCCCAGAAACUGUUGAGUAAAGAGGAUGAAGACCUAAAAUGGGUUGAGGAGAACAUUCCUACAACUGUUGCUGAUGUAGCUCUCCCUGUAAUGCUAGAUGAAGAAGAGGAAAUCAUGAAAACCAAGAUGGAGAGAUCCAAAAUGGAGUAGAAGUGAAUGCGAGAAGACGAUGUGAGAAUGAAAAGAAAAGCAAUUUCACUGAGGCAGCGAUGAAUGCGUUCUGAGUGAUCUGAUUACCAAAAAAAAAAGGAUGUGGGUAAACCCAACUGUUCUCUCCAGACGUUUAACAUUUUAAAUUUAAUUUCACAUGUGUUGUGUAACACUGUAAUAAGCUCAAAGAAGCUUGAAUAGUGUGUUUAUAUUGAGGCAAGCCUGUGCAACCUGUAGUUGGUGGGUUGGCUUUUAAUGUCAGGGUUAGGAUUCUGGGAGGGGCUUGAAACUGAAGCAAUAACACAGCAGAGCACUUUGAUAAAUAUUUUAUAUGUUUCAAAGAUGCUUCUUUAAUUUCACAAACUGGGCCAAAAUCAAGUAGAAACUGGGCAUUUUACACAAUGCCCUGUCGGAAAAUAGGAUAUCAAAAUUAUGUGUUAUGGUUUUAGACUAAUACAAUAUGUAAGUUUCCCCAUGUGCUUCAAAUUUCAGAAGACUGAAAGGUCAAAUUUGUGGGUCUUUGAGGACUGAUUUGAAAUCGGUUCGCGUUGAUGAUUUGGCGGUUGCCUCAGCCAAGGAGUCGGAUCCUCGAAUUGAAACACGGGGCUGAAAACGCCAAGUUAUUGUGCAUAAUAAGAUAAUAUUUAAGCCAACACAGCGUCGGACACUUGAACUCAAGGUUCUCUUCAGAGCUGUGCCAUACUCUGUAAAUGUAGGGGAAAAAAGUUGUUUUCAGCAGGUGUUUUAUUGCGUUACAUAUCUAAUGGGUCACAUGAUGACAUAUAUUUAAUAUAAAAAAUUAGCGGGCGGCUGUUUGGCGUGUAACCAGUGAAGACGUCCUCAGCUCAUUUCUUAUAGCUGCACCAACAAAUGAUAGAUAUGUCUUAUUGUUAACACACGACUAACACGUUGUUGUCUGACAAACUGAGUAAUCCUCAGUAACUUACUGUUACUGUAUGAAAACACGGCUGCAUCAGUGAAUAUUGAUACUUGAAGCAUAUCACAGUUUCAUUUAUGUUUUAGGUGAUUCUUGAGCAAACAGGAAAACACUGUUUUCUGUUCUGGGAGAAUGUAAACUAUAUGCUAUCGUAAACACAGCGUCAUCAGAAUUGUUCAUGUUGUGCAGCCAAGAGUUGCACCACACUCCUCUGAGACGCCAUCUUCACACGGAUCAGUUCAAGCGACUGAAAAUAUGACUCUAAUAUUGGUGAUUUUAAACUUUUACGGAUAUUUAUUAUAACAUAUUUAGCUUCUCACAUAACUGCAGUGUUUUAGGUCCACUUUUAUGUCACUAAAGUGAAACCGUUUUUUAUCCAUUGGUAAGCUUCACGGAUGUGGUGUGGGCCCAAAUUCAAAUAUACAUUUGAUUUACCGAAUGUAUGUAAUUCUAUGUUAAGGUCCUCACCCAAAUUCAGUAGCACAGAGUACAUAUUCCUUUAAGCUUAUCCCAUUCACACUCCAAAUAAUCUUCCCUUAUGUGGAAGAAUUAUAUCCCCGUCCUUGUGCAAUCUACUGCAGUAUGUGUGGAUAUUCUAAAUUAUAUUAUUAUGUUUUUUUUUAUAUAUAUAUUUGUCAAAGUCUUGUUGAUGAAACCUCAAAGACACUACUGAAGCCCAAUUUAUGGAUGUGAGUCUGCAUUGUAAUGUGAAGCUGAUGAUAUCGUAUGGCUUUUUGCGUAUGUCCUGCAAAU